GCUACAGGCAGUUUCGUGGAAUUCGCACACAGUUAUGGCUUCCAGAUAGACUCCUCGAGCUGAGAUGGCUUUAUUACAGUGAUUCCUUAUUCGCCGUCUCCCUCUUGUCAUUUGAUUGCAUACAUGAUUUAUAUGCUGUCACCAUGACCAAAGACAUAGUUGUUGGAGAUGAAUUGCCAGACUGGGUGGGGGCCAAGGAGUUCUACCAGAAAUAUGACCCUAAGGAGGUGAUUGGCAGGGGGGUGAGCAGUGUGGUGCGCAGGUGUGUGCACAGACACACAGCUCAGGAGCUGGCAGUCAAAAUUAUUGAGAUCACAGCAGAGAAGAUGACUGUUCAGCAGCUGGAGGAGGUGAAAACCUCCACGCUGAAGGAGAUCCAAGUCCUCAACAUGGUGAAGGGACACUCCUCAAUCAUUACUCUCAUCGAUUCGUAUGAGUCCACAACCUUCAUAUUUUUGGUGUUUGACCUCAUGAGGCGAGGAGAGCUGUUUGACUACCUCACAGAAAAAGUUACCUUGAGUGAGAAGGAAACCAGGAGUAUGAUGCGAGCUCUGCUUGAGGCCGUGCAGUACCUCCACUCCCUCAACAUCGUCCACCGGGACUUAAAACCUGAGAACAUCCUCCUGGAUGAUCAGGGACACAUCAAACUGUCCGACUUUGGUUUCUCAGUGCAGCUACAGCCUGGAGAGAAACUUAGAGAGCUUUGUGGGACACCUGGUUAUUUGGCCCCUGAAAUACUGAAAUGUUCGAUGGAUGAAAUGCACGCAGGCUACGGCAAAGAGGUCGAUCUCUGGGCGUGUGGAGUGAUCCUUUUCACCUUACUGGCCGGCUCGCCACCGUUCUGGCAUCGCAAGCAGAUGCUGAUGCUGAGGAUGAUCAUGGAGGGUCGGUACCAGUUCAGCUCCCCAGAGUGGGACGACAGGUCUGACACAGUGAAAGACCUGAUAUCCCGGCUGCUGGUGGUGGACCCAGCCGCCCGUCUCACUGCAGAGCAAGCCUUAGCACAUCCCUUCUUCAGACUGUACCAGAGGGAGGACGUGCGGCUCUUCAGUCCCAGAAAGACAUUUAGGGUGUUGAUAGUCAGCGUUCUGGCCUGUAUCAGGAUGUACAGCCGUUACCGCAGGGCCCGGCCGCUGACUCGGGAGGUGCUGGCCAGAGAUCCCUACUCCCUUCGAGGUGUCCGCAAACUCAUCGACGGCUGCGCCUUCCGCAUCUACGGGCACUGGGUGAAGAAAGGCGAGCAGCAGAACCGAGCCGCCCUCUUUCAGAACACAGCUAAGAUCAUGCUGCUGGGCCUGGAGGACUUUGAAACAUAAAAGGUCAACCUCAUUCCGAACCACAUUGAUUUUUAUUUAAACGUUUGCCUGUGCCGUCGUGUCAGCGUGUGUCUCGUCGUGUUUAAUUUUAAGAUGGGAAAUUCAGGGACCGGGAUGUUUCUAUGCCUUAAUGUGCACUGUGGUUCUGCAAGUUAAAGAUAAGUAUGCACGACUUAAUGUUCCUUAUCUGCCCUUUGAUCCAAGUCUGUGGCUGUCUGAAACUCAUUUUGCAAGAUCAUCAUGUUUGCAGUGCCAGUUUGCAGUAGAGGACACAUUGCACAAUCGUUUGCAAAAAAACAUUGCAUACCCGUACAUUAUGUAUGUUUAGGAUUUUACUUGUUGAUCACUGGUUAUAGGAGAGAAUGUGUUUCUAAGCACCUCAUGGCUGAAGUGAACAUCAAAGCACUGUGAUUAAAUAUUUAAUUAUGUAUUGUAAAGAGGCUAAGUUAUACAGAUAUUCCAGUGUUACAAAUGAGUACCAGAGGGAUUUUGGUAGAGAAUCCUGUAGCUAUCAUGCAUGCAGACAUUCCUCAGUAGGAAACUCACGCACUCUAACUGUGAAGACCAUCUGUGACUGUGUUCCCUAUUAAAACUAACCACCAUUCUCUACUCAGUUCAUUCUUCAGUUCAAUACAUGGCACUUCUCCUGAAAGUGCCUGCCUGAGAAAUGUACAGGAACUGUACAAACACAGGUUUACAUUGUACUGUAUAUGAAGAAAAAAGGUUUUAUUGUCAAUAAAACUAAUGUUCGAG